AUGUGCGCGUCUACGAUGGGAACGCUGUGGCACCAUUGGUCCCCCGUGCUCGUCAGCCUGGCCGCCCUGUUCUCCAAAGUGGUGGCAAGCCGAGGCAUCCUGGAAAGCGCCCAGAGGUUCUCCUCGCUGCCCACCUACCUCCCAGUGACCUACCACAUCCGCCACGCGGACGUGUCCUUCUUUCUGAAGGAAGCCAACCAGGACAUCAUGAGAAACUCCAGCCUGCAGUCUCGCGUGGAGUCCUUUCUGAUUUACAAAUCCAAGAGGUUCCCCGUCCUGAAUGCCAGCUACGGGCCUUUCGCCAUCGAGCAGGUGGUACCCCAGGACUUGAUGCUGCCCUCCAGCCCGUUUGGAUUCACCAGCACGUUUUCCCUGAACUGGAAGCUGAAAGCGCACAUCCUGCGGGACAAGGUCUCCCUGAGCCGGCCCCGCGUGCAGGUGCUCUUCCACGUGGUGGGCAGGGACUGGGACGACGCCGGCCCCGCGCAGAGGCUGCCCUGCCUGCGGGUGUUCGCCUUCCGGGAGACCCGGGAGGUGAGGGGCAGCUGCCGGCUGCAGGGCGCCCUGGGGCUGUGCGUGGCGCAGCUGGAGCUCCCGGCCGCCUGGUUCGGGCCCCCCACGGUGGUGGCCGGGAGGAAGAGGUCGCCCGAGCCCCCCGACGGCAGCCCCGUGGAGCUCUACUACGCCCUGCAGCCCGGGGACGAGCGCGGAGACUGUGCCAGGAGAGCCGGAGGGAUGCGGACGGGCCGCAGCGACAUCGAUGAGUCGGGGCCUCCCUUGCAGAGGAUCGGCAGUGUUUUUCUUUACCAGACCCCGAGCCGGCCGCCCCUGAGAGAGCUGCGUUUGGACAACCACGUGGCCGUGCAGUACGUGCCAAAGACGGUCAGGCAGGGAGAUGUGCUGACAUUUCCCGUCUCCAUCUCCAAAAACUCCACCGAGGACCGCUUCACGCUGAGGGUAAAGGUGAUGAAAGGCAUGAACAUCAUUGGGGUGAGAGCCAGCAGCCCUUCUGUGUGGGAGGUUAAGAAGAGCACGGAUUACGCUGGAAAGUACACACCAGCUGUCAUCGUUUGUCAGAAGAAAUCAGCUGGCUCGGAAAACAGUGCGGAGGGCGCCUCCUAUGAAGUCAUGCAGAUCGACGUAGAAAUCCAAGAGGCCAGUGACCCGCCAACCACACAGCUUGUUACAUGGCAGGUUGAAUACCCAGGAGACAUCACAUCGGACUUGGGCGUCUCCAAGAUCUACGUGAGCCAGAAGGACUUGAUUGGCGUCAUCCCGCUGGCCAUGGAGGCGGAGAUCCUGAACACAGCCGUCCUCACUGGGAAGACGGUGGCCGUGCCGGUGAAGGUGGUCUCCGUGGAGGAGGACGGCGCCGUGACCGAUCUCAAGUCUGUGGAGUGCCGAUCUUCCGAUGAAGACGUCAUUAAGGUUUCUGACAGAUGUGACUACGUCUUUGUCAACGGGAAGGAAAUGAAGGGCAAGGUGAAUGUGGUGGUGAACUUCACGUACCAGCACCUGACCAGUCCUCUGGAGAUGAUGGUGUGGGUGCCCCGUCUGCCCCUGCAGAUCGAGGUUUCGGACACCGAGCUCAACCAGAUCAAGGGCUGGAGAGUCCCCAUUGUCUCCAACAAGAGGCCAGCUCGGGACAGUGAGGAAGAGGACGAUGAGAAGAAAGGCCGGGGCUGCGCUCUCCAGUACCAGCACGCCAUGGUGCGGGUCUUGACUCAGUUUGUGGCCGAGGUGGCUGAGCCCGGGGGGCAGCUGGCCCACCUGCUGGGCUCAGAUUGGCAGGUGGACAUCACGGAGCUGGUAAAUGACUUCAUGCAGGUGGAGGAGCCCCGGAUUGCCAAGCUGCAAGGGGGACAAGUCCUGAUUGGCCAGGAGCUCGGGAUGACCGCCAUUCAGAUCCUGUCGCCUCUGUCAGAUGCCAUCUUGGCCGAGAAGACCAUCACCGUGCUGGACGAGAAGGUGACGGUCACAGACCUCGGGGUCCAGCUGGUGGCGGGGCUCUCCCUCUCCCUGCAGCUCAGCCCUGGGGGCGACAGAGCCAUCCUUGCCACCGCGGCGGCUCAGGAACUUCUGCGAAGGCCCAGACAGGAAGCAGCCAUCAGUUGCUGGGUCCAAUUCAGUGAUGGCUCUGUCACCCCCUUGGAUAUUUACGACGCGAAAGACUUCUCCCUGAUGGCCACAUCACUGGAUGAGAAGGUGGUCUCUAUCCGCCAAGACCCCAAACUCAGGUGGCCUAUCAUCACCGCUGAAGCCGAGGGACAGGGUGCCCUGGUGAAGGUCGAAAUGGUUAUUUGUGAAUCAUGCCAGAAGUCCAAGCGGAAAAAUGUGUUGGCUGUGGGGACAGCCAACAUCAAAGUUAAAUUUGGCCCAAACGAUGCCAAUCCCAACACCAGUGACAGCAGACACACGGGGGCAGGAGGUCACCUGGAUAAUAAUGUCAGUGACAGAAGACCCAAAAAACCCUCGCAAGAAUGGGGGAGUCAAGAGGGACGGUACUACGGCAGUUCUAACGUGGGCCUCAUGGAAGGAAGGGGCUCCACCACGGAAAGGCCCACCUUCCAGAAGAACCAUGGCCAGGAAAGCCUUUUGGAUGAUGACAGCCAUUUGCAGACCAUCUCCAUUGACCUCACCAGCUUCCCCGCCCAGGUGGACCUGCCCAGGAGCUAUGGGGAAAUGGACGAGAAUGACCUCACACAGGCCUCCAAAGGGCUGAGCGACUUGGAAAUUGGGAUGUAUGCCCUGCUGGGUGUCUUCUGCCUGGCCAUUCUGGUCUUCCUAAUAAACUGUGUGACCUUUGCAUUAAAGUACAGGCACAAGCAGGUUCCCUUCGAAGAACAAGAAGGUAUGAGUCACUACCAUGACUGGGUCGGGUUGAGCCACCGGGCCGAAUUGUUGGAGAAUCACAUCAACUUGGCUUCCUCCCAGGAUGAGCAGAUCACCGCCAUCGACAGGGGCAUGGAUUUCGAAGAGAGUAAGUAUCUCCUCAGCACAAACUCCCCAAACAGCAUCAAUGGACAGCUGUUCAAAUCCUCAGAACCCACACUCACGGAUGGGAAGGAUCAGAAAAGUGAGCCCCCAACGUCCCCUACCUCAAAAUGGAAAAGAGUGGAGUUCACCACUUUCACCGUCUCUGCGGACGACAGAUGCCCCGCCGUGAACUCCAUAGCGACCGGCAGCGAGGACGCCGUGAAAUGGGUCAGCCAGGAUCUGAACCCUGGGGGAUGCCAAGAGUCGUGCGGCUACAUGCAAGGAUUACAUGAAGAUGUGUAA